CCCCCCCCCGAGACCUGCUCAGUUUAUUACACUGACUCUAUGAUCUCUCAGAUGUUUGACGCAGUGCACAGACCACAUGCAUCAGUGAUGUGAUUGAACAGUAGUGUUGUGUCUGUCGUCCUGCUGAGCUUCACCUCCUCUGUUCUCUCCAUCUUUCCCUCUACUCUUUAUUUAACAGCUGGAAGUUUUCAGACGCAGGAAAUAGAUUUCUGACCAGACACAACCGUCCACAAGGGAUGAUGGGAGCUGACGGAGACUCGACGGGGACGAACCCCAAGAACACGGCUGACCUUUGAACCCAGGAGACACACUGAGCACGGUUCAUCUGGACACCAACAGUGAUUGUUUCUGUGUGUGUGUGUGUGUGUGUGUGUGUGUGUGUGUGUGUGUGUGGUGUCAUGGAUGCUGAGGAUCCGUCUCCCCUGCGGCGUUUUGUCGUAGCGAAGCGAUCAAUCACCUCCAUCUUUGAUCAGCUGCUGGAGUUUGUGAAGGAUGGCUCUGCCUUCGUGGACGAGGCGUGGCGGGGCGAUGACCUGGGUCAGGUGGCGGUGGAGGAGCAGAGUCUGGAGAUGCAGAGCUGUGCCACCAAACUGUCGACCAUCAGAGACGUUCUGCUCCGGAGACACAUGAAGGUGGCGUUCUUCGGCAGGACCAGUAACGGGAAAAGCACCGUGAUCAACGCCAUGCUGAGAGACCGCGUUCUGCCCAGCGGCAUCGGCCACACCACCAACUGUUUCCUGAGGGUUGAGGGAACUGACAGAGACGAGGCUUACCUCACCACUGAGGCGUCCAACGAGAGGAGGAGCGUCUCUACAGUGAACCAACUGGCUCAUGCUCUCCACAUGGAUCCCACUCUAGACUCUGGCAGCCUGGUUAAAGUGUUCUGGCCUAAAAGUCGCUGUGCUCUGCUCAGAGACGACCUGGUGCUGAUGGACAGCCCUGGGACUGACGUGACUCUGGAGCUGGACAGCUGGAUCGAUAAGUUCUGUCUGGAUGCUGAUGUCUUCGUCCUGGUGGGAAAUGCAGAGUCGACUCUGAUGAACACGGAGAAACUUUUCUUCCACAAAGUCAGUGAGAGAAUCUCCAAACCAAACAUCUUCAUUCUCCACAACAGAUGGGAUGCCUCAGUGACUGAGCCCGAGUACAUUGAGGAGGUGAGGAAGCAGCACCUGGACCGCUGUGUGAGUUUCCUGGCCGAGGAGCUGAGGGUGGUUGGUCUGGACGAGGCUCCAGGGAAGAUCUUCUUUGUCUCGGCUAAAGAGGUCCUGACCUCCAGGAUGCAGCGAGCACAGGGCAUGCCUGAGACAGGUGGCGCUCUGGCUGAAGGUUUCCACGACAGACUGAGAGAGUUCCAGAGGUUUGAGAGAACGUUUGAGGAGUUCAUCUCUCAGUCUGCAGUGAAGACAAAGUUUGAGCAGCACACAGUGAGAGCGUGGCAGAUCACUGAGGCCAUCAAAGCUGUGAUGGACGCCAUCAACAUCGCCUCCGCCGAUAGGAAGAUCUGCUGCCUGGAGGAGCGGGAGGAGCAGAGGGACCGGCUGGACUUUGUCCGAGGACAGAUUAACCGCCUGACCGACAACGUCAAAGAGAGGAUCAAGACUCUGACAGAUGAUGUUGCUGCCAAGGUUUCCUCGGCUCUGUCCGAUCAGAUCCGUUCUCUUCCUGUUCUGGUCGAGGAGUUCAGAGCUGACUUUAACCCCACACAGGAAACUCUGCAGCUCUACAAAACUAAGCUGCUGCAGCACAUGGAGGAGAGGUUAGUCGGCUGUUUAGCUCAUCGCUGCUCUGUCAGCAUCCUCAGAGACAUCACAGACACCCAGAGACACAUGAUCGACAGCGUUCGCCCUCUCCUGUCUCAGUCCGUCCAGGAGCAGCUCUCUACUCCCUCCACCUCCUUCGAGCUGACCUACGACCUCGGCCUCGCCGCCCUCUGUGCAGAUUUCCGGGAGAACAUUGAGUUCCAGUUUUCUCUGGGCUGGACUGCCCUCGUCACUCGCUUCAUCGGCGUGGCCAACGCCAAGCGAGCACUGAGCGCCUCCGACCCUCGAGCUCAGGACGCCCCCACCUUCAAGGAUGAGAUGGUGGUUUCUAUAGCAACAGGUCUGGUAUCCGUCACCUCCCGAGCGUCCAUGAUGGUGCUGGUGAUCGGUGGAGUGGUGUGUCGCUCUGUGGGCUGGCGUAUCAUCGCUCUCUCCAUGUCCCUGUAUGGUCUCCUCUACCUGUAUGAGAGACUCACCUGGACUGAUGCCAGCAGGGAGCGCGCUCUGAAGCAGCAGUUUGUGGAGCAUGCUGCCCGCCGCCUGAGAACUGUCAUCCCUGUCACCGGCUCCGCCUGCAGCCAGCAGGUGUACAAGGAGCUGUCGUCCACCUUCAGCCGCCUGAGUCAGAGAGUCGACCUGAGCGAGGCCGAGCUGGAGGGAAACAUCCGACAGCUGAGCUUCAGGAUCCAGAGACUGGAGAACAUCCAGAGGAGGUCCAAGGCCUUCAGGAACAGAGCCACAGAGCUAGAGACUCAGCUGGAGGCCUUCUCUGUUCACUACCUGCAGGGAAACUAAGCAGCAGCUGAUCUGUGGUCUGUGGGUGAGCAGCACCCUCUGCUGACAGAAUCAGUCAUCACCAGACCUCCAGUCACCUCUUUAAACUGAAACCAGCUCAGCUCGGUCCAACAGAAACCUCCGUCUGUUUCCUCCUCAUCAGUCGAACUGAGACAGAGAAGCUUCAAACUGACAGUAUUUAGUUGUGAUGUUCAGUCAGCUGCAGGUCUCUGGAUUUAACUGUUUCACUCCGAGGACAGUUUUACUGAGAUGUUAACUUCCACAGUGUCGACAAACUGUUGACUUUUCUGUGACAACUCUUCAGAUCUGAUUUGUCAACACUGGGAACAUCCAGCCAGCCAGCCAUCCAUCCCUCCAAGUAAUGUUUUCCAGCUCCGUCUGGUGGAUCCAGAGGUGUUCCCGCACCAGAUAGGAUAUAUAAUCCCUCCAGACAGUUCUUAUUCUACCCUGGGGUCUCCUCCUGGUGAGAUAUGCCUGCAAAGGAGGUAUCCGAACCUCCUCAACUGCCUUCUUUGGUCAUGAAGCAGUGGCUGCUGUACUGCUGCUGAGUUAACCUAAGGCUGAGCCCUGAAACCUGACAGAGGAACAGAGGACAGAGGACCUUAUUCUUUCAGUCACUACCCAAAGAUCAUGACCACAGCUGAGGGUUGGAACAUACAGCGACUGGUAAAUCAAAAGCUUUGUGGCUCAGCUCCCUCUUCCAAGUCCACAUCACUGCUGACACUGCACCAACCUGCCUGUCAGUCUCCUGCUCCAUCCGACCCUCACUGUGAACAAAACCCUGAGAUACUUGACACUUCACUUGGGGCAGGACCAGAACUUCUGACUCAUCCUGCUGCUUCACACUCACCUGCAAACUGCCCCAGUGCAUACUGGGUCAGCAUUUGAUGAAGCCAACAGAACCACAUCAUCUGCAAAGAGUAGAGAUGCAAUUCUUAGGUUCCCAAAUCACAACCACUAUGAAGAAGUGACUGAGUAUGAUUAUAAUGAUCUGAGAAGUUUAAAUCAGUCGUGAAUAAGAGGCAACAUCAGCUGUCGUGGAUCCAGGUUCAGUCCAGGUGUAAAAACCGACAGGUGUGACUGUGUCUGGACUGUCCUAAAGGUUCAGUUUGUUGAACUGAAAUGUUAUUGAAAUUAAACGUUUUAUCAGCUGACUGUAUGUUAAAUGUAACUAAAAGUAACUAAAACUACAUUAAAAAAUGUAGCAGAGUAAAAGUUUCUCUGCUUAUGAGAGUGAUUUCUCAGGUCAGACAGCUGUCUCUACCGAACGUCAGGUUUUAUAGAUACUGUAUGAAAAUGUCGGCUUGGCUUUGAGUUAUUUAUUCAGUUUUACCUUUAAUCUCACACGUAACAGCGUCCACUGUAAAUGAGCAAGGAUCCUCGUUCCUGAGACACAACAUGGCCGCUGGGCAUUUUUUAGGCUUUUGAAAAGUUUCACAAAGAAACUUAAACUCCAUGGCUUAAAAAUAUAAAAUACAAAGAUUAUUAACCUUAUUCAUAGCUGGAGGUGUCCUGUCAACAGUUUUACAGGCGUGUCUUUUACAAUGGUGGCCUAUGGAGAAAAUGCUUUUUGGGCCACAGGGGAUUUUUCGUUGUAGUACUACAAGUGGCCACUAGGGAAAAAUGAUGUGAGGCUGAGUGACGGUAUAGUAUCCAGCUCUUAUAAUAUACUGCAUCUUUUUCUUGAUGAGCAUGAUAUGGAGCUUACAGAUGGUUUCAGCCCAGACUAAGAUAUGGUCAUGUUCUUUUUCAAGAAUAGGUGUCUUUGUACAUAUUGUUUGAGUCUUCUUUGUCACAUAUCAAAUGUCAUAUAGUAAGUAUAAUAAACAACACAAGUUAAUAUCCUGCAUUCAAAAAUACUUAACUGAUUGUGUUUAUUAUUGUUGUGCAGUUCACAGUAACAUUUAUGACUGCUUCGGUGAUUAGUUGAUAGACACACAAUUAAUAAUCAUUUGACUUUUUCCCAAAUAUUUGUUGUUGUUGGUUCUUCAGGAGGUGAUGACAGUUAACUGUUGAUUGUCUGAAACAGCCUCUAAUGUUUGUUAAAUGUUGUGGUUCAACUGUAAUGUUGAAUAUUUCUCUGUGUUUUCAUGGUUAAACUGUUGAUGAGGAAUAGGUAGUAGUGUAUUGAUCAUUUUCCUUUGUAUGUUUCUCUUU